AUGAGAAAGGAGCCUUCGUUUGAUUUGCGCUUCCUUUCCGUUCUUUGCACACAUUUUAAGGGGUGCAUAGAGAAUUAUUUUUUUUCCAACGUGGGGAAAACAAACAGGGAGGAUGAAAUGGACCGUUUUUACCAAGCUGUACGUAGUUUAGGAAGCACCACUGAUUAUGGAGUUUUUGCGAGUUGCUCAGAAAAUGGAUCUCCUAGAUAUGGAAGCAACCUUUUCAACCUGCACGACGUGUCUGCUUUUAUGUUUUUUUUGACGAAAUGUAAAUCGGCUUGUUGUCCAAUGUAUACAUUCCUAUCGCAUGUGUACGUGUCGGUGAGCUUCCUGGGGGAAAUAGCCUACCCUUUUUAUGCGAAGCUAGAACGUCACUUUUUGAAGUUCGAAAGAGGUACGAAGUUUUGCUUUUCCGGGGGUAGUCGCACAGGGGGGACUGCUCCCGUGGAGGAGCACAUGGAGGAGAUCGACGAGAAGAUAGUCGAGGAGGAUGCGCGUGAACACCCCGACGAAGUGGCAGGCGCGCAGAAUAACCUCGAAUCAAUAUCAAAAGGCGAAAUAAUGCAAUACAUCUCACGUUUAUUGCAGAGUGAGAGCCGUUUCAACCGUACUACUGCUUCACCCUUGCACAAGAAGGGGGAUAAAGAGAGUGGGGUCAUACGGGAGAACGUCCACAGCAUGGCCGUUAUCAUCCAUAGUAGUGUCAAAGCAAAGGAACGAAACAUAUUCACAUACGUCUUAGCAAAUUAUCUUCUACUAAAAUGUACACCUUUUUUAAAUUUAAUCGACAUAUGCAACAUGUUCGAAUUAUUCAUUUUGGACAGAACAACUGCUGCAGGGGCGGAUGUGUAUGGCGCCGUUUUUGCAAAGAUCCGGCGGUUAAUUAUGGCUGAGGCGAGCACCAAAACGAUGGCAAUAUUCUGCAUAAGCAGCGCACGACUGAGGGGAGAGCUACGUGGAUCGUUCUUGGAUCACAUCCUGGCGUUGUACCGAAUCGUUUUGCAGAAGGGAAGGGGGUUAUCUGUGGAAUACGCCAACAACAAUCGGAGAAAUCACAAAAAUUUGUCAUUCCCCUUUGGAAGAGAAAACACGGUGAUUUUUUCCAACGUGAGUAAUUUUUUGUCCAGCCAUAAAAUCAGUUCUCUGUUUUAUUUACUCUACUUGAGGAAAUUUAACGACUUUUUAAAUGCCUUGCUUGUUCAUAAAAAAAGGGGCCAUUGUUGUGCCUCCCUGAUAAGCAAAAUCGAUAUGCACGAUUUGCUCAAAACAUUUGUCAGCGUUUUUAAGAUGUAUGAACAAAAUGGUCCUUACGACGGAAGACGGAGGGAAGAAAUUUCAAUACAUUUAGAUAAGUCUUCUGAAUAUUUACUGCAAUUUUUGGAGGAUAUUUGCUUCGAAAAAAUAAUUUCUGUAGAGGGGUAUUUUUCGAAGGACGUGCCACUUGCGUAUGCGGAGGCGGAUCGUUUGAAGAGAAUAAAAAUUCUGAAUAGGUCAUGUUAUUUUUUCACAUUGUUACUCCCCAUGAUUAAAAAAUUGCAAAUGGGGAAUAUCAUUAAUGACAGGACUGGGAAAUUACUAACCCGAGUUUUCACGUCUUUUAAAAGCAGCAUAAGGAGAACUUACCAAGACGAACUUUUUAGCGUCAACUGCAAGAGCGGCCAAAGCAGCAAAAGUUAUGUGCACAUUUGGAACUUUUUUUUUAUGUUGAAUGAUGCGCGUGGCGAG